CUUUGAGACCAUGUCCCGGGACACAUCGAUCGCAUAAUCCGUCCCUAUGUAUUACAUGCAGUGCAUUCACUCCUUCCUUUUUUAAUACAAAUACUGGAUCGUUUUCCCAAACUUGCCAGCUUUCGUUUUCGCUUCAAACACCAGUCGAUAAGGUUGAAGAUUUGCAGCUCAGUUUCACACAGAUCACGGUUUUCGCUCUGUAGACAUUAUACGAAACGAAAAUGAAAGUAGGCCUAAAUGCGAUUCACUGUUAUUGAUAUUGACAGAAAUAUGAGGAACAGACAGUCGAACUGAUGGAGAUUUACGAAUAUGACUUAUAUACAGCAGGAGCUGAAGGUCAAGACUCUAGACCAACUCUGGAUGACAUGAUGCAUCCAAACUUCACAACGGAUCGAACACUCAGAUCAGACCUACAGUCAGAAGAGGAUAUCUAUACAGCUGGAGAUGAAAGUCCACAACCUUCAGCACCACUGGAUAUCGCCAAAUUUAUAAUCAAAGUGGACUGGAGCGAACCAUUUCCAGACAGAUGGAAAGCAACAUUACAGAAAGCCCUUCAGAGCUGUUUGCUCAGACUGGAAGGAAAACCAUCUGUCCACCGCCUUAAACUCAUGGAUGAUCAGUCCUGUGCAGAGGUGCAGAUAACUCCAUCAACAGCUCUAGAAGUGUUAAAAAAGCACACACCCAUAUCUUUGAAGUUUAAAGAUAAGGAAGGUCAAUUUAAGGAAGUGGCUGCACGGAUUUGUCUGGAUGAAGCACUUUCUGUGACUGUUCCAGGAAAGUCCAUGCUGAAGGAGAACAGAGCUCCGUCAACAAAGGUGAUCGGCUCUGUGCAUAAUGUUGAGGAUGUUGCUGCAUCUAAUAGAGCUCCAAAUAAAGCUGAGACCACUAACACUGAUGAAAUGACCCCUGAGACUCCAGCUGGAUUCACUCUUCCUCUCUAUCAGUUCUGGUACAUGCAUCACACUUACAGAAAGGAGUUAGAACAAUUUGAGAAACAGCAUGGAGUCUCUAUUUGUGCAGAAGUGUCCGUCUCAAUCAAACAUAUCCAGAGAUCAAGCCCUGAUUCUGUGUCUAAAACCACUGCAGACUUUCAGACUCUAGUUCAGAGAUGUACGGGUAGUUUUAGUGAUGCUGCCAUUAAUCACAAUGACAUGGAUUCAGAUAUUGUGAAGCAGGCCCUUCGUCACAUCCAGUCCGAGGAGUCAAAGAUGAUGUUCACCAUGUCUGCCAGUAACUGCCUGUUCUUUGGACCGAAGAAAUUUACAGAUGCAAUUAAAAGAGAGGUAGAAGUAACAAGACUGGAAAGCCAAUUCAAUAACUCUAGACCAACUCAGAAUGACACGAAGCAUCAAAACUUCACAAUGGAUCGGCUAUACUUACAGCCAGAAGAGGUCAUCGGUGCAGCCGGUGUUGAAAGUCCACAACCUUCAGCACUACUGGAUACUGCUAAAUUCAUAAUCAAAGUGGACAGGAGAGAACCGUUUCCAGACAGAUGGAGAGCAACAUUACAGAAAGCCCUUCAGGUCUGGUUGUCCAAAAUGGAAGGAAAAGCAUCUGUCCACAGUCUUGAACUCAUGCAUGAUCAGUCCUGUGCAGAGGUGGAGAUAACACCAUCAACAGCUCUAGAAGUGUUAAAAAAGCACACACCCAUAUCUUUGAGGUUUAAAGAUAAGCAAGUGACGGCACGGAUUUGUCCUUAUGAAGCACGUUCUGUGACUGUUCCACGAAAGUCCAUGCUGAAGAAGAACAGAGCUCCAUCAACAAAGGUGAUCGGCUUUGUGUCUGUGACUGCAGCAUCAGAAGACCCAAAUAAUGUUGAGGAUGUUGCUGCAUCUAAUAGAGCUCCAAAUGAAGCUGAGGCCACUAACACUGCUGGACUUACACAUGAGACACCAGCUGUAUUCCCUCUCCCUCUCUCUCUGUCCUGGUACAUGCAACACACUUAUGGAAAGGAGCUGAAGCAAAUUGAGAAACAGUAUGGAGUCAAAAUUUAUGCAGAAGUGUCCAUCUCAAUCAAUCCCACUGAGAUCUCAAGGUCUGAUUCUGUGUCUAAAGCCUCUGAUGCCUUUCAGACUCUUGUUCAGAGAUGUACGGAUAGUUUUAGUGAUGCUGCCAUUGAUCAUAAUCACAUGGAUUCAGAUAGUGUGAAGCAGGUCCUUCGUCACAUCCAGUCAGAGGAGACAAGGAUGAUGUUCACCAUGUCUGCCAAUAACUGCCUGUUCUUUGGACCGAAGAAAUUUACAGAUUUAAUUAAAAGAGGAGUAGAAAAAACAAGACUGCAAAGCCAAUUCACUGACAAAUCAAGUCAAGUGAAUGUAGACAACAACUUUUCUCCACAAAUCAGGGCUUCAUUGGACAUGGACAUAAAGGAUCUUCCAACUCAACUUGAGAUGGACAAGGUUUAUUGGGAUCUGAUGAAACUUUCCUAUGAGAAUCAAUUAUCACAGCUUGAAACAAAGUAUGGAGUGACAUUUAAUGCAGAAAAACAGCAGAAAAAUGUAACCAUUAAAGUUCAAGCUCGAUCCAAUGGAGUUCAACGUAUUAAUCUUGAAAGUCAUGCCAUCAGAGCUUUAACACAUCUCUACCAGAAACUCGCAUCAGCCGCUGUCACCUGUGAACUCAAAAACCCUAAAGAUGCAGCUGUUGUGGCAUCAGCAGUAGAGAAACUUCAGCAGGAGCAUCAUUGUGUUGUUGCAGCAGAUGUAUUGAGUCGCUGGAGACUCGUUGGACUGCCAGAGCACCUCGGUCCUGCCAUUGCUGAAAUUGAGAAGAUUCUCAAGAUGAGUGUGUUUGAUGACAAGAUGAAGAAAUCGAUCGGUUACUCAGGGGACAUUCCUCACGCAAGAGGAAUCAAAUGGAAUCAGGUGAAAUAAAAGAUCUCAGGAGGUGAAAAAUGAACAACAAAGAAAAUCUCAGAUCAUUUUAGAUAUGUGCUAAACUUUUAGUCAUUGAGUUAUUAGUAUGAUCUAUGACUUCUGAUCGUUGAUUUACAUAUUUCUGUGAACUGUGUGUUCAUUCUUGAUUUGAGUUUAGAACAGAGAUCUCCACUGUGCCUCAUCAAGAAUAGAUGAUAUUCCUGUAAUGUUAAAAGGCUGAAAAAAACUAUGUGAUUAAUGCAGCACAAAUAAUCAAGUUAUACAGGGUUUUUAAAAAAAAUAUUUUCUACUCUUCGUUCUUCAUGCUCAUCGUCGGAAGACACUUAGUUUAUGGAAAGGUAACAAAAGUGUUGCAUUUAUUCUGUUAUUCUGUCAACCAUUUUUAGCUUUAAAAAAUUACAAUAAAUGUCAAAAAUGGAAAUGUUCUUGUAACCAAAGGGUUUUUGAUGUAAUAAAUCAAUCUGUUAGAGCUUA